AAUAAACAAUGCUUGGGAAUGUAAUACUGAGAGCUAUAGAUCUUAAAGUAAUACCAUCGAGUGCUUUUCGCUUGUCACGGCAGAGACCAGCUUGAUGAGUCCUCGUCAUGACAAAUGUUCUGUUUUAAUGUCGCUCCAUUCCGAAAAUAGGCGUUUCCGCCCAUUUACGUGCUUCCUUUCGUAAAAUGAACGGACUGUCCCAUCCUUCAUCCAGUUUCUGGUGUUUUUUUCGGCCGUGCUCCGGAGCGGCGGCUUGUCGCAUCCUCUCCCUGGUCAGCGCUGCAUGGCAACGGGAGGAGGAUGCUGAGGGAGGGUACCACGGCCCCACGUGUCCUCCUCACCGCAGUCCCAACGCCUUCAUCUUCGCUUUCCCAUCCCUUCCUUCCCACAUACCGCAGAUUCUCACGUCGUCUUCACACUCAUACGCACACACACACACUCACACAGACACACACAUACGUACAGCCUCAUCAACCAUUCUACGCACCCGCGCAGCUUUGCGGAGCAAAUGCGUCCGCGAUGCGCGCUCUCCCUCCCGUCCCUCACUGUUCCCAUCACUGAUCACUUUCUAUAGGCCCGUAUCGAUUCAUCUUUUAUUAUUCUAAUAUGCAAAUCUGAAAUUCUCCGUAGCAGUGUUUGCCAGAGCUGAGGAGGCGAGAGGUAGAGAGGGGGGGAGAGAUGAGUGGACGCGCAUCAUCAGAUGUUUAGCAGAUUAACUUUGGAUCUCCGCCACCACCAUCUCUGCUGUGCCUUUUUUUUUGUGUGUGUUUUUCCUCCUCUCCACCUAGCGGGUUCUUGACGUUUUUGCGGCUCUCGAUGCUGUGAUCCCGAGGAAUAUGUGAAGAUCAUGCAGGCGGUGUGGUGCUUCAUGGUCUUUGCUGCAGUGGGCGAGAGGCUUGCAGUUUCAGGUGUGGACGGCAGCGCGGUGCAGGAUGGGGGCAUGUGGGGCUGGUUCGCCCCACCGGGCCGGCUGGACGGCGAGCACACUGCGACCGAGGUCACUUAUCCAAAACAGCUGGUGCAUCAAAUCGAGUCGGAGGAGGAAAUGGCUCACGACUUCUUAGACACCAGGGUGAGGAACAGCAGCAGGGAGAGCUUGCCUGUCCACUUGGCCCAAAGCUGUUUCCAAGUAGAAGCCUUUGGACGCACCUUCACUCUAGACCUGGAAUUGAAUCAUCACCUGCUGUCCUCAGAUUAUGUGGAGCGACACUUUAACCACGACGGCAGACCCCAGCAGUCUGUGGGAGGAGAGCACUGCUACUACCAGGGGAAGUUAAGAGGUCUGCCAGAGUCCUGGGCAGCUGUUUCUACCUGCCACGGACUGUGCGGCAUGUUCUCUGACGGCUUCUUCUCUUAUGGGAUUGAGCCCGUUCACGACGGAAGCAAUCAGGGUGAUGGCGCUCACUUCAUCAGCAGGAUGCCUGAUAUCAGACACCCCCCUCCCUGCACAGACUGUACAGAGGACAACCAGUGGGACAGCAGAGGAGGUGAUGGGGACGAUGACGACAGACCAGACCGAACAAGGGAGCAGCAGGCUCCCGGAGGGCUGAGAAGAUCCAAGAGAUUCGUUCACAAGCCCUCCGUCCAGUCUGAGACCAAAUACAUCCAGUUGAUGGUGGUCAUCGACAACGACAUGUUUGUGCAGCUGCGUCGCUCCAGCAGCCAAACCAAGAACUUUGCCAAAGCUGUGGUCAACACAGCAGAUACGAUCUAUAAGGAACAGCUGAACACAAGGAUUGUGCUGGUUGCCAUGGAGAUCUGGACCUCUAAAAACAUGAUCCCGAUAGACGAGGACCCGCUGAUAACGCUGCAGAACUUCAUGAAGUACAGGAAGGAUAACAUCCGGGAGUGGAGUGAUGUUAUCCAUCUCUUCUCAGGCCGCACAUUUCACAGCGGCCGCAGUGGGACAGCCUACACCGGAGGAGUGUGUUCUCUGACAAAAGGAGGAGGAAUCAAUGAGUAUGGGAAUGUCGGUGCAAUGGCCAUCACUUUGUGCCAGAGUCUCGGCCAGAACAUUGGGAUGAAGUGGAACAACGCACGGACCUCUGCAAGUGAUUGCCGGUGUCCCGAUGCCUGGGUGGGCUGCAUCAUGGAAGACACCGGAUUCUAUUUGCCCAGAAAGUUUUCUCGCUGCAGCAUUGACGAGUACAUCCAGUUCCUGCUCCAGGGGGGUGGGAGCUGUCUUUUCAACAAACCCUAUAAGCUGUUGGACCCUCCGGAUUGUGGGAAUGGCUUUGUGGAGCUAGGAGAAGAAUGCGACUGCGGAUCCCAGGUGGAAUGCGCCCGCAGCGGAGGGGCCUGCUGUAAAAAGUGCACCCUUACCCAUGAUGCCAUGUGCAGCGACGGACUCUGCUGCAGUGGCUGCAAGUACGAGCAGAGAGGCGUCGUGUGUCGAGAGGCCCUCAACGACUGUGACAUCCCAGAAACGUGCACCGGAGACUCCAGCCAGUGUCCUUACAAUGUCCACAAGCUGGAUGGUUACACGUGUGACAGCAGCCAGGGACGGUGUUAUGCUGGAAGAUGCAGAACUCGUGAUGGACAGUGCCGGGGACUCUGGGGAUAUAAUUCAGCAGACAGGUUUUGCUAUGAGAAGCUGAAUGCUGAGGGCACAGAGAAGGGAAACUGUGGUCGGGGUCCCGAGGGCCAAGGCUGGCAACAGUGCAACAAGCCGGAUGUUUUAUGUGGAUUCCUCUUCUGUGCCAACAUCACAACGAAGCCAAAGUUUGGUGACCUGCAGGGCGAGGUGACCAGCUUCACCCUCUUCCAUCAGAACAAGUACCUGGACUGCAGAGGCGGCCAUGCUCUUCUGGAGGACGGCUCGGACCUGGGCUACGUGGAGGACGGCACUCCCUGCGGUCCCAACAUGAUGUGUUUGGAGAGGCGCUGCCUCCCUGUGGCGGCGUUCAACCUCAGCACAUGUUCGGGAUCCAACUUUGAACGAAUCUGCUCCGACCAUGGGACGUGCAGCAAUGAGGUGAGGUGCAUCUGUGACAGGGACUACACGGGGACGGACUGCAGUGUGUUUGAUCCCAUCCCUGAACCAACGGUCCCAACAGGACCAGAGAAGAAAGGUCCCAGUGGCACCAAUAUCAUAAUAGGGUCCAUCGCAGGUGCUAUUCUCCUGGCAGCUAUAGUCCUAGGGGGAACAGGAUGGGGAUUUAAGAACAUUCGAAGAGGAAGGUAUAAACCUUGCGCAGCCGUGACCAUGAAAUGCUGUGUCCGUUGAACCAUGUGUGACAGUAGCCUCAAGCAUUUCAUGUCAUCUCAUCUGAGCUCAGAUCUGCUCAGCGGGGCUGCUACUUCCAUCAAAUACCAUCUGAGCAUCAUCAUUCAUGCAGUGCCUUAUAGUGUCUCCGCACAGCUCCUUGAAUCUUCAAUAUAUGCAACAACUCAUCAUCUCCUCAGUCCCAUAAAACGAGUUUCAUUCCAGUAAAGCAGUGGAUUUUUCACACCCGUCUUGAUCACCUGCCUCUUUGGAUCCGUAUUUGUUUCUUCUUGUUAAAAAUCGUUCCACUUUCUUUUCUAUUUCAGAUCUGGAGGAGGAUAAGAUCCUCGUCUCUCUUUCUGUCUGUGUCCUGUCCACUCCCGUCUUCCUCCUCACACUGUGUUGUUUCCACAUUGAAGAAGAGGGGAAUAAAAAAAAAAAAAAAGUCUUCCAUUUACAAUCCCCAACCUCUCCAGAUCUCUUCAGACUGCCGUUUCCUCCGUGCUCCCCGUCUGUCCUCCUGUCUGUCCUUUUUUUUUGCCUCUUCGGGGCCCGUGGGGCUCCUCUCACCCUGCCAGCCAAAUCAUUAUCACGUGGCUGCUGCCAGCGGGCUGUGAGGAUUGUGUCCCGGCUGCGUCCAGAGCGAGCAGGUGGCUUCCCCCUCCCCGUGGGAGACACCAGGGUCUUCCCCCGGCGCAGGGACUCCAUGAAUGUGUUUUGGUGUCAUUUCCCCCCCUGUCUCAGACAUAUCAGCAGCGGACCAGUUUGAUAGGAGACAUGUCCUUCCGACGCCUGCCUGCCUGCACACAGAGUCGACCGACCGCCACUCGAGCCCACAGUUAAAUUCUGGACUGUCACAGACCGAAGAAAAUGUUCCAGAAGCGGAAUCGCUCUUUUUUUUUUUCUCUCUUUUUCGUAAAAGAAAAGGACCUGAGGCUCAGUUCCUCCACGGCCGGGCCUUGACCAGUUGCAUUUUAAAAUGGACCGUGGCCUGUUUUAAUCUACAACAUUUGGCAAGAAAGGGACAUAAAUGAAGAAGAAAUCCUGUUUGCAUACUUUCCAAAGAGGGACAGAGGAAGAUCAUGUUUAGUGCCAUUUGUUCUUACCUUGGGGUGUCCUGCCUCACAACAAGUUUUCAGGUACAAAUAGAGAAGCUGGGUGUUAUGGUUUUGGGAUCAUUUAAAAAAAAAAAAAGAAAAGGUAAAACCACUUAACUAUGAAGCAGCAAAGACCGCAACUUAGUGUUUUCAACGUCAGACCAACCAAUAUACAUUCCACUGAAUCUGUCUGUACGUCCUCGCCACUUCCAAAGUUUGUAGGCUGUUUACUCCGUGUGUCUGUUCCAGAGUGAAUGUAUGAGCGUCAAAGAUUUUUAAAGAAAGGCAAGAAUGUAUGUGUUAACAUUAAUGUUGUGGGCGGUUUAGCCCACACUUUUAACACUCCUCCUAUCACGGUUAGAUGGGCAGGUUUUUACCUCUAGAGGAUCAUCUUUCUACAGCCACUUGUUUACUGCAGCCAUGAAGCCAUGAUGGCAGCACAUUAACAACCGUGUUUAUGUAACGCAUCUAAAGACAAUGAGCACUUGACCACUGUAAGCACACCCGACUAAAUCUGUGUAAAAUAUGUUGAAUGUUAAAUGCAAUGUACGAAGAUUUAUUUAGAGCUAUAUCAAAUAGUUUUGUUUUCUGCAAACGUUAAGCUAUCCGUCUGUUUGACGCGACCUGCAUCUGCCAACCUCCCCCGUAGACGGCGCCUUCCGUGCAUCUUUAAAUGUGGCGAGUGAGCUGAGCAAGCCGCCGGCUCACUGUGAAAUUAAAUCUUUUGUACAUUUGUUGAUAGUUCUGGGAGCCAGGUAAACUCAUCUGCCAAGAACCUUUGUAUCGACGCUGGCUGUAAAUGAGAUUAAGAAGAUGUGGUUUGGGGUCCAAGAGGCAAAGCCUGUGUGAUACUUUAAAGCCACAUUCCCACUGAGCAGUGCAGGUACAGUCCUGAUCUAGCUUGUACUUCCACUGCCAGGUGUGUUGGCCAGAUGGCUGUAAGAUAUCCAACACAUCAUAUUCUUGCUUGUUGUGCAAGAAGAAGCUCAGCUUUAUUUCAGAAAAGAUUCACGAUGGUGCAUUUUGCGUUAUCUCCGUGUCUUCUCGUGGAAAAACUGAUCUUGUGUCGACCGAUUAACUUCAUGCCCGUGUUUCAAGCUCCACCUCAAACAUGCCAGUGGCAUCAGGAAGUGGUACGGUAUGGUUCUUGGCUUUUCAUGAUGGAAACACGGAUGAUUAAUGCAGACGAGACUGUACCCGACUGUGCCAUGCUGCUCCGUGGAAAUGGGCUGUCAGA